AUGUGGCUCUAUGUUUUGGUCAUCCUGGCUUCUCUUGCCACAGGCACAGCUUGGGGUGACCCCUCCCUGCCGCCGGAGGUGGAGACCCUCCAGGGCAAAGUCAAGGGGAAGGUCGCAACCCUGAAAGGAUCUUCAAAGCCUGUGUCCAUUUUCCUGGGCGUCCCUUUUGCCAAGGCCCCUGUUGGACCCCGGAGGUUUGCUCCCCCAGAACCUGUGGAGCCCUGGAAGGAUGUGAAGGACACCACGUCCUUCCCUCCCAUGUGCUCCCAAAUCACGGAGAGAGGCCCAACGCUGUCUGAGGUCUUCAGCAACAAAUUUCCUUCCUCCUCUCCUAAGCACUCUGAAGACUGUCUUUAUCUAAAUAUUUACACCCCUGCUAACCGGAAGAGCAAAGAGCUGCUGCCGGUGAUGGUGUGGAUCCACGGAGGUGGCUUAGUCUCUGGUGGGGCAUCAAACUUUGACGGGCUGGCGCUAGCUACCCAUGAAGAUGUGGUGGUGGUGACUAUCCAGUACCGCCUGGGCAUCUGGGGGUUCCUCAGCACCGGGGAUGAGCACAGCCCAGGGAACUGGGGUCACCUGGACCAGGUGGCUGCUCUGCGCUGGAUCCAGGACAACAUUGCCAACUUUGGAGGGGACCCAGACAAUGUGACCAUCUUUGGAGAGUCAGCAGGAGGAGAAAGUGUCUCUGUUCUUGUGUUAUCUCCCUUGGCCAAGAACCUCUUCCACCGGGCCAUCUCUGAGAGCGGCGUGGCCCUCAGCCCCUGCAUGUUCAGGAGGAACACCAGUGUUGGAGCUCAGCAAGUUGCUGCCGCAAGUGGAUGUCCCACCCACAGCUCCGCCGCCAUGGUUCAGUGCCUGCGCCAGAAGUCAGAGAAGACUCUCUUGGAGACCACGAAGAAAAUGAAAUUCUUUAGUCUUGACUUAUCGCAAGACCCCAAAAAGAGAUACCCUUUCCUUACCACUGUGAUUGACGGGACGGUGCUACCCAAGGACCCUGAGGCCAUUUUGGCUGAAAAGAAUUUCAACACAGKCCCCUACAUCUUGGGAGUCAACAAGCAUGAAUUUGGCUGGUUUAUUCCAAAGGCGAUGGGCUAUCCGCUCUCUGAAAAAACAUUAGACCAGAAGACGGCCACGAAACUCUUGCUGAAGUCCUUCCCACUCGUUAACCUUUCAGAGAAGCAGUCUAUYGAUGCCAUCGCGGAGUAUUUAGGAGACACAGAGGACCCUACCAAAAASAAAGACCAGUUCAUGGACUUGAUGGGAGAUGUCAUGUUUUGUGUCCCAACUGUGCUUACGGCCCGUGGCCACAGAGAUGCUGGAGCCCCCACCUACAUGUAUGAGUUUCAGUAUCGCCCGAGCUUCGUAUCAGACAUGAGACCCAAGUCGGUGGAAGGAGACCAUGGGGACGACGUCUACUCUGUCUUUGGGAUGCCAUUUUUAAAAGGGGGCGCCUCACAAGAGGAGACCAACCUCAGCAGGAUGGUGAUGAAAUUCUGGGSCAACUUUGCUCGCCAUGGGAACCCCAAUGGAAAAGGACUCCCCCACUGGCCAGAGUACAGCCAGAAAGAAGAGUACCUGAAGAUUGGCCCCCAAACCAAGGCCGCCAUGGGGCUGAAACACAGGGAAGUGGUGUUCUGGACCACGCUUAGGUCUGGGAGAAUAGGACAGCUGCUUCACGAAGGACAGGAGUUCCAGCAGUAUGGGACCCUGGACCUGCCUCAUGUCACAGGACCCCCAACAACUUCCAACAAGAGGAUCUGGGAUGACGUGUGGAAGCUUCCUUUUGUCGGCAUGAUUGAUGAGACCAUCAGAGAUCAGCACCUUCCAGAAGCGACCUCGGGGUGCCAGCGAUCAUUUGCAUCCAAAAAGACACUUUAG